AUGACCAAACUUUAUAAACGGGGUGCACUCCGGAAUGCGCUGAAACGCCGUAUGCCACAUAAAUCGCUGGACGAAAAUGUGGACAUUUUGAUCUACCUGAACUACAUCUUGUUCACACAGAGACUAGCUGAAUCCACUAUGGAAGUACUUCCUCCUAAAACUAGGCGAAUUUCCGGAAGAGACAUUGAACGUGUAGCUGAACGAGUUCUCCAAGAAUUCCACGGAUAG